AUGACGUGGGGCGAGAGUAUCGCGCGCACAGUAAGGGGUUGGUUCGUCAAGGCUGACAAAGAGCCCACGGAAACGGAUCAAUACAUUGCCGGUAUGACAGAUGAAGGAGUCAUGGUGAAAGGGCGCAUCGUCAACAUGGAUGUGUUUGUGGAAUUCCUGGAAUCAUUCUUCACUGAACCGGCUCGUUACGAUUACCGCAAGCUGGUCACGUCUCUGCUAGGGAUGGACGACGGUUCAUCUCCACGUGUAAUGCCUGGUGAUUUGGCAACUGCUCUCAACCUACUUCGAGAUAGACCCGACAUGGAGAUCCACGCUAUCGGCUUGGAGAAGGCUUUACCGGAGGUGUUAUCAUCCUCCUUUCAGAACAAGGUUUACUCUCUGUUACUAAAGCACAGGGUGUCCCCAGAAAAGGUUAUGGGCUUAUUGCUGCGCGUCGUUCGCGCAACUUCAUUCGGAUCGCAUCGAGGGCACACGAAGCAGCUGUCGGAGGAAGCUUCUAUUCGCAUGCUCGGUCCGCUAUACCGGUACAUUGAAUUGUACCGAGCGAAAUACGGCCCCGAGCGCAUCUCUGGGACGUCGGACAAAGAACUAAUGGCGUACUUUUUCAAGAAGGCUGAGUCACAUGGUGUCACGUUCAAGUGGAAGUUAGGUGGGAGAAGAGCUUGA